CGACACAUUCAGACUAGAGGACGACUCUGCAGCUGCUGGUUGUGUACUGUCCCCUUCUGCUGUUAGCUGCAGGUUUGGGGUUCACAGAAUGAAAUCAUCCCUUUUGGCGGAAUAAAUUGUGAUGACACGUCUGUAGUGCCGCUUCUCACCGACUGUGUGCCUCAGUGGAGUAUCUACGGUACCCGUUAAUUCCUUCAGGACUUGUAAGAGCCUUGUGAACCAUGAGUGGAAAACUGAAAAGGAAAUGUGAGGCUCUCGAAGAUGACUACUCUUCAUCCUCUUCAUCUUCACCAUCUUCAAUGUCCUGCACCUCCUCUAGCUGGGAUUUUGAGGAUGAGUGCUGUGGAGGUGACAUGAAGGCGAGCACUAUCUGCUCAAAUAACUUUUCCCCUGUGUCCAUCAUGAAACAAACUAAGCGAAGAAAGAAGAAUAGCGUGCAGUUUGACCGGGUUACUGUGUACUACUUCCAGAGAUGUCAAGGGUUUACAAGUGUACCAAGUCGUGGAGGCUGCACACUGGGAAUGUUUAGACGACACAACAGCUGCAAACAGUACACACUGGAAGAAUUCGCUAAAGAACAGGAUCACUUUCGGAGACAGAAACUUAAAGAUAGAUUAAAGGAAGAAAAAUUGGAUGCCCUUAAAUUGAAGUUCACAAAGAAUGGUACCAAGCCACCAGAAGAAGUUGCCCAGCUCACCGUUGAUGACAUUUCUGAUGACGAAGUCGAUGUUAGUAAUGUUGACAUUGAAGAUGGUUUCUUCCUUCAGCCAUACUCUGCCAAGAGACGACGAAUGCUGCUGAAAAUGUCAGGGGUUAAAAAAAUCGACAAGGAUGAAAAACGUGAACUUCAUGAGCUUCGUCUUUCUCGAGAAGACUGUGGCUGUAACUGCCAGGGAUUCUGUGAGCCUGAUACGUGUAGCUGUAGUCUUGAAGGAAUCAAAUGUCAGAUGGAUCGCUCCUCUUUCCCCUGUGGGUGCACAAAGGAUGGCUGUGGAAAUACAGCAGGGCGAAUUGAGUUUAAUUCUGAUAGAGUACAAUCCCAUUUCAUCUAUACGAUUAGAAGAUUGACAGUGGAAGAGAAACAACAGAAUGAGGAAGUUAAUGAAAAUGGAAGUACUGACUCUGAAACCUUAGUUUCUGAGAGAGUGCAUCAUUUUGGACAUUCGGCAAGGCAGAACAUAUUUGAAGAUAGGACAGUGCCACUAACACCAGCCUUUCACUUCAGCAUGGAUUUAGAAAAAGUUGAGGAGAACAGCUGCAGCAGCGACAUGACUGGCUCUCCUGUCUCAUCCAAUCAGAGUGAUGACUCUGAGAACUGUGAGCGAGUUCAGAUGGAUAAGUCACAGUCUGAUGGUGAUGAUGAUGAGUUGGCUAGGAUAUUUCAUUUCAGUGACUUGGACAAUGAAGAUGCAGAAGGCGACCAUAACAACAUUUUCAGUUACUUUUUAAAUGACCUUGCUGAAGGGUAUACUGGCACAUUUCUUGAGAAACUGUCCUGUGAAAACCACAGUAACACUUUAGCCAUCCCAGACUGUUUGGAUGAAAAUGCUAAUCAAGAUGCUAGUUUUUCUCUAAAAGUUGCGUCUGAGAAACAAAGUGAUAAUUGUUCACACACUGCGUUAUCUACAGAGCAGUCUUCAAAAAGUUACACUGACCUUAGCCUGUCCUCAGACUCCUUUGAACUUUUUCAUUCAUUCUUGGACUUUAGCCCAGGUUCUCUUUAUAACUCUUCAGCACUGCAGCUCCAGUCUCCCUUUUCAACCUUUCCUUUACCAUGUGACCAGAGCUCUUGCUUUAUCGAGUCUUUGAUUGGCCUGUCUGAAUGAAUCUGUCCCAGAAGUCUCUCCACCAUCCUCGGACAGUCUAAGGCUAAACUUAGAGACUUCUAAAAUAAUAAUAAUAUUGACAUUUAAAUAAAGAGAAAAAAAACUUGAUAUUUGUAAGAACACUUGCAGCCUUGUUGUUUCAGAAUGUUGAACUCUGUCAUACAGGGAGAUUUUGUUAAUGCAUCCCAGGACUACAUAUUUAACAUGGUAUUUAAAGUGGUCUAUAUAACCCUACCAAGUUUAAUGUGUAUUUUUCUAAUGGUUUUCCUAAUUUAUGUUGGUGUCAAAAAGUGGUUUGCAAAAUGGGGCCCCUAUUAAUUUUUCCUGAAAAGCUGCUAUGCAAAAACUUGAGACCCCUAUUUUUGUAAACUGUAUUUUUUUUUUUCAAAAAUUGGUUAAAUUCAUAAUUUAAGAAUUUGAACUAAAUAUAAUUCUCUGUGCUCUACAGAGGUUUGCAAACUGAUCAGUGUACACUAUGCACAGUAAUUUGCAUUUAUUUAUUGUAACAACUUUACGUGGAGAUAAAAUAAGCAGUCUUAAAAAGCUCUACCUACAUAAUUUAAGAUUAGUAAUACCUCAGAAGUAUUACCUGUACAAUCAUAUUAAACAUGUUUUGCUAUUUAUUUUAUUUUAUUUUUUUUAUUUAUGCACACCGUUCCUCUAGAGACAGCACUGUGGUUUGCUACAAGGACCGGAAGGUGCAAUAUUUGUAGUCUUUAGUAGCGCUGAUCUUAAAAGACAAAACACUGUCAUGAAGUAGAUAUGGAAUCUGUAGUGACUACACGGCCAUGACCCAAAAAAUAUGCUGGUCCUCCCUGUUCAAUUCAUUUGUCCAGACAUUUUAUUGUUUUUUUCUGCAAUGGGUGAGAAAUGUUAUUGCUGUUCUUUGUCUUCAAGACGCAGCAUUGUUUUGGGGGUUAUCUAAUACUUCUGGGUGGUAAACUUUUACCAUUACAAUAAUUCUAGGCAGCUAAUCUUGGACCCCCACCCAUCUGACCACUUAGCUCUGAUUUAAAAGUACAAGCCCCAUUUUUUUUCCUUCAUUGUUCCUUGUUUCACUCAAAUGUGUUGUGGUUUACAGAUAUCUUUUUAUAAAGGUCAGUUUAACCUAAAGAUAUAGCUGUUGCUAUGAUGCAUCAAAUAAUGCUCCCUUGUUUAAGAGGGUUCUUGUGCCUUCAUUGAAGAUAGGAAGUGGCAGCCCAUGUAAUGAGAGGCUUGUAAGCAUGAAUGCACUCGCCUACAUAUAACUAGCAUUUUAGACGGCUUUCAUUCACUUUUCAUUAUGACCGUUUUCUGCCUAACCUGUCUCUGACUUCCAUGUUUCUAUCAGUUCAGUCUACAGUGCAUAAGAUGCUUGUUCCGAGUUGCUCGCAUAGCCUUAAGCUUGUAGAUUUUGCUUACUGCUCUUUUAAGAUUCUCUUUGAAGAAAGUGAAAGGAUCUGAUGAUUCAUCUUUUUUUUUUUUUUGCCAGUUUUAUGCUCAAAUGCUUUCUGUGCAUUAAUGAAUUUAAAUGCUACCAUCUUAAGUAUAUAUGACUUAUUUUUUGGGAUGAUGGCCAUAAAUUUGUGAAGGUGCUGCAAAACUAAACUGAAUCCUAACAUGCUUAAUAUCACCUCAGUGUAUUUAACAGAUGGAAAUUUUAUAAAUUAUUUAAUUUAUUUAAGGAUUUGGCCAUGUGCUCUUUGGUGGCCUGUGUGGUGCCUGAAUAUGCAGAGAAACUACUUGUAGCAGCCAUUGCAACAUGUUGUUUUAUAAGGUUCCUGGGAAUGUUAAAUAGUUCCUUGAAAAUCUGAGUUGUCUAAAAGCCUCUUUUUUGUUGAGGUUAAAAGGAUUGAGACUUUUAGCUGUUUUGCAAAGUGUGUGUGUGUGUGUGUGUGUGUGUGUGUGUGUGUGUGCGCGCGUGUAUGUUUAUGUUUUGGUAUACUCCUUUUAUGAACUGCAUUAAAUGUCUCUGGAUAAUAAAGGUAUACUAUUUAUCUCAAGUCCUGUAAUAAAAGUUUACACCUUCACAAAAUUUGGAUAACAUUCGUAGAGUACAAAUUUCAGUUAUUGUAUUUUGGGUUAGUAAGAAGCUUGCAAGAAAUCAGUUCAUCUUGUGUAUGACAACGGUAUAGAAAGAGGGUGUUUCAUUUUCCGUGUUGUCCAUUUCAUACGUCUAGUCUUGGGUCAGUAUUAGGUUGCUACAGUUAAGUGCCUGUACCCGCAUUGUCACAUUUUUGUCUUAAUUGCUUAUGUGCCAACAUGUUGUGGCCCUGUUUAUUUUAUUUUAUUUAUUUUUUAAAGGCUAUCUGCCUCUGUCUGGUAAAUUCCACUACAUAUUUUCAUUUGGUGAGAGGUAUAUGAUACAUUAGUGCUUUUUUUGCUUAAUUGGUACCACCAAUCUGGGACAUUCUGUUGUAUAAAUUCCUUGUCUUAAGCCCUGCUGUCAUGCCCUUUGCCUUGUAGCUUCAGGUUUUUAACUUGUAGAUGAAGAGAACACUUACGAUUCUGCAGGUUUUUUUUUUUUUUUUUUUGCCACUUUUUCUGUAGUUUGCAGUCUGCAUUUAUAAAAGUUUGAUUACAGUACCCACCGCGUACCUUCUGGAAAUCCCAAAAUCAGAUGUGACCCAAAACUGUGAAGCAAAAUUAAAUAUGCAGUUUUGAUUUGUAGAGUUCUUGCUCCAGUACUAAAGCACACUUGUAUUGUCAGCAGCCUAGUUUUAAGGAUGUGUGUUUUUGUAGAAGCAUUAUGUAGCACAGCUGUUGUGCAACUAGAAUCUUAUCCUGUGGCAAGGUUUAGGAAGGAAAACUGUAAGAGUGCUUUUAGCACUGUGGAGAAAUCUGUGGUAGUUGCAAAUGUUUGUUUGCAUUGUGGCUGCUUGGGAUUUCUGUUACUCUGAAGCAACAAAUUAAGAAACACAGCACCAGCUUGUUUUCAUUGAUCCUUUUGAAGGAGAGAUUGGCAGUGGAAAUAAACUAUUUUCCAUUAUUGUGGUCUAAAAAAUGCUUCUAUAGGUUUUCCAUACUUUAAUAUAUCCAGAAAAUAUUUAUUUCUCACCUUUUUAUGCAGACUUGUUGUUGUGAAGCAUCUUGGGUUCAUUUCCCUUAGGAAUAUCACACUACCACACUUUCACUGUCUUUGUUUCUAUAUAAAAUAUUUAUCAAUUAAUGUAGUGGUUUACAACAGCUAUAAAUUUUGGGAAAUAGUCUCCAAAAAGAGUGCAGUCAUUUGUUAUAGAUGUAAAUGUACAUCGCCGCUUAAGCUGAACACUAAGCCUUUUUUAACAUGCGGGUUCACCUGAAGUCUGCUGAAUAGCCCUCUCCGUGUCCAAGCCAGACUUUGUGGUUACACCAAGUACACAGAAGUACAGUACAGUCCAGGUAACGGUAAUAGAAGAUGCAUCGAGAUGCCAUGUGUGUAGGGCCUUCAGUAGGUUUCCAGUUAUUCUAGGUUAUUUUUUUCUACCAGUAUCCAUCUGGUUGGUGCUUAGAGUUUAGAAUUCUUUUACAGUGAGAAGAAUCAUGUAUGUUGAGGAUGACCUGUUUUUUUUUUUUUCUGUAUUAAAUAUCAGGAUAAAAGACUUGCUAUACUAUAUUUUAAGUAUUAUGUGUUGCAUUUGUUUUCAUUAUAUUGUCAUCAGUUGCUAGUUGUAUUAUUGUGAUAUUCCUGCUCAACUUCUAAAACUGGUGAAAGAUUAAAACACCAAGAUGGACAUGUGUCUCAUCCUUUGUGAAUUAGCAAUUAUGCUGUGUUGUUCUGAGCUGACUUUGCAAGUGCCAUAGAAACCCAUAGUAAAUGACCAUGGAUGUUUUGACACAUUUUAUGUCACCUUGAUACACACACACACACACACAUUAUUAACUAAAAAGAACAGUACAUUUGUAUUACAAAAUAAAGUAUUUUCCAACCCCACUUUGUAUAAAAGAAGGUUUUAGACAUUCCAAUGUUACUCUGCAUAUAAAAACUAAAGCAGACCGUGAAAAAUUCAUUUGCUUUGCUUUCAUUAUUUUAAUUUAUUUCACGUGCCAAAAAAAUCUCUUCUAUUAUUUUUGGGGCACAGAACUGUAAAUACAUUUUUUAUCUUUUUAUCAGUGUAUAAAUUUAUUACCUGUUAAAAAAUGGGUAUUUAUGGAUAUGAUUUAAAAUUUAUUAUAUAAUGUAUUGAUCAAAACUUUUUUUAUGUCCCAGCAUCACUCUUUGUUGUGUAUAUGUUGUGACAAUUUUGCUUCAUGGUACCGUAAUGCAAGUGCAAAAAAUGCUUUAUUUUUACAUUUGUAUGUUUUCAUCGCAAGAAAAGCUUAAUUGUGUACAGAUGGUGUUUUUCCAGUUCAUUGUUGGAAUAUGAAGACGCAUUCAUCAUACUACUUUUUAAAUAAAAAAAAUGUCUUUUGA